AUGGAAUAAUCAUUGUUUUUCCUGUCGGCUGAAAUGACAGCCAUGAAAGCCUUCAAUGAGAAGACACAGUCCAUAUAUUAGAAUAUGUAAUUUCUUGAUAAGAAACUCAAAAUGAAAGUACCAAAGUUGAGUUUGGCCAUUACAACUCAUAGAUUAAUAUUUACUAAUCACACAAACAUAGAUUAAUUAAAUGUGAAUGAUGUUAAAUUUGUCUAUUUCGUAAUCCCCUUGUAGCAUGUGAAAUCGAUACAAUCAAAAACUGGAUUUCUGUCAUCCAAGAUAGAUCACAUCAAUUUAGAAACUAAUUUGGGAGAAGUCGCUAUUUUCGGGGACAAUUUGGAGGGCCCUCUCUUGUUGAUCAAGGGUAGCAUAGAGAAAAAGGAGUGGCUCCAAAAGCAAGAACAAUAAUAAACAUCAUCAGUUUAUUGUGGGAUGAAGUCUGAAAUAAUGAAAAAGGAGAAGCAAACAUAGCAAACCAUAGACACAGUGCAAAGUACCUUCAAAGGUGGGUUUGAGGAAUUAUUUAAGAAUGCAACAGAAUUGAAGGAGGUUUCUUAAUACAUCAAAUAAAAUAUUAAGAAGGGAGAGAAUAACGAGAUUGAUGAAAUUCUGUCUAAAAUUGGCUAAUCACGAUUGGAUAAAUCUGAGGAUUUAUUUUAUGAGAAGUUGGCUGAACAAGUGUAUAAGCUUUGUGCUGAGUUGUUCCCGAAGAUGGGUGGUAUAAUCUCCCUUUUGGAUGUUUAUUACUAUUUUAAUAAGAGACGAAAUUCAAGUUUGGUGAGUCCAGAGGAGAUACUAAAGGCAGGGUUACAAUUUCAAAAAUUGAAUUAUUAAGCCAAGGUCGAAAGAUAUGAUGGUAUUUCAGUGAUUGAAUCAACACAAUACAAUAGUGAUAAAGAUUAUGAGAACACUUUAGGAAAACACAUUUCUUAUGAAAUUGGAUUGACUGCUGAGCAAUUGGCGAAGAAAUUGGGGAUCUCAGUUAUGAUUUGCAAGAUUAAACUCAAGAAUGCUAUCAAUCAAGGGAAGGUCUGUGUUGACAAUAGAAUUGAAGGCACUCGAUAUUUCAAAAAUUUAAUAAUUAAUAUUUGA